AUGAGGUUGACAGUGGAUGUGUAUUUCGGAGGAUGCACUGAUUAUGAUGAAGAUGGAGAUGUGGGGUACAUUGGCGGGGAGAGGGCGAAAGUCUUUAUUGAUAACUCACCGAAUCUUUCAUGGGAGAUGUUCGAAGAAAUCGUACAACUGAGAGAGGUAUAUCCGCCAAUAUAUCAGGUGUGGUACAAGUUACCGCAAGAACCAUAUAAAGACAGGAGGUUGAUCAACCAUAGUUCAGAUAGGUAUGAAUUUCGAAAUAUGAAUAAGAUGGCAGCAGAAGUGGGAGAGAUGGAAGUGUUCAUCGAACAUGAUGAAGUUGAAAAUGCUGAAAAUGAAGAAGAAGUUGGUGAGGAUUCUGCUAAUUCUGGUGAUGAUGAUGAUGUUUCUAAUGAUAAUGAUGGAGGUAGGGCUGUUGAGGAUGAUGCAGAGGAUGAUGCAGAGGAUAAUAUCGAAUCUGGUGAAAGUGAUGAAGACAAUGAUGUUGAGAUUCCCGGGACGCCUCUAAACACGGAUGAAGAGUGGCAAUCUUUUGAGCGACCUGUAAAAAGUGCUAAGAAAAAAGGAGACAAACGACAUCUUUAUCUUGGGAAGACAUUUAAUUCCGGAGAAGAGUUCAAGAAGACAUUGGUUGAUUAUGUGUUUGAUUCACAAUUCAACAUUAAGAUGACGAAGUCUUCGUCGACGAGGUACUCAGCGAAUUGUAGGCAUAAAAAGUGUAUAUGGAGGGUGUAUUGUGUGCUUGAUACAUCGUUGAAUAAGUGGGUGAUCAAAACGUAUUACCCAACACACAAUCACCAGCCAAAUGGACAUGCGCCGUUGGUGAAUAUGCAUCAUAUUGCUGAACGCUUCAAGGAGGACAUGAGGAGGAAUCCACGUCUUAGAGGUGUUGACAUAAGAGUGGGAUUGCUAGAGAAAUAUGGGUUGAUUAUGUCGAAGAGUAAAUGUUGUAAGGCUCGACGUGCUGCAGAAAAAAUGGUUACGGAAGAACAGAAAGUGCAAUUUGCAAAGUUGUGGGAUUAUGAGGCCGAGCUUAGGAGGUCUAACCCAAACAUAAUCACUGAGAUAGGGACAAAGAUGGAGAAGGAUGUAGAAGUGUUUGAUCGGUUUUACAUCUGUUUUGAUGUGUUGCGUGAUUCAUGGAAAAAAUGUUGUCGACCCGUAAUUGGAUUGGAUGGCUGCUUUUUGAAAUGGGAAUUGAAAGGAGAGCUUCUAGCGGCUAUUGGUAGAGAUGCUAAUAAUAGUAUCUUCCCCAUUGCGUGGGCAGUUGUGCGUAUAGAGAACAUUGAGAAUUGGUGUUGGUUUGUCAAGAAAUUGAAAUCAGAUUUGGAACUCGGUGAAGGGCAGGAUUUGACAAUAAUUUCAGACAAGCAAAAGGGUUUGUUGAAUGCUGUGGCUAACGAGAUGCCAUUUGCCGAGCAUCGUAUGUGUACUCGUCACAUUUACGCGAACUGGAGGAAAUCCUAUAAGGAUUCUGGGUAUAAACGCAUCUUUUGGAGUAUUGCUGCUGCAUAUCAUGAAGCUCAUUAUGAUGCAUGUCUCGCAGAGAUGAAACAGGUCAAUGAAUUGGCACAUGAAGUCGUUUUACGUGCAGAACCACAUCAAUGGGCUCGGGCUUUCUUCAAGGCCCACUCGCAAUGUGACGAUGUUAACAACAAUCUAGCUGAAAGUUUUAAUCAGACUAUCAGAGAGGCACGUCUAAGACCAAUGAUAGAUAUGCUUGAGAUGAUCCGUAAACAAAUAAUGCAUCGCAUUGCCAAACGGUCGAGGUAUGCAAGUAGAUGUGUUACCGAGUUUAGCCGUCAUUGCAUUAAGAAGUUAGAAGAAGCUAGGCAAAAAACAAGGUUUUGCACAAGUAUACCAAGUGCUCGUGGUCAGUAUGAAGUGGAAGAAUUCGGAAUGAGUUAUGCAGUAGAUCUUGCUGGGAAGUGUUGCGCUUGUCGCCAGUGGGAUCUGAGGGGGAUUCCUUGUCAACAUGCGUUAUGUAUAAUCAACGAGAAGCAAGAAGACAUUUAUUGUCCGUUUUCUCUUCGAUAACAUCAUCAAACCAUUUGAAGAAAUGAUCGAAUUCUCCCUGAAACAUUAUACCAGCUAAGUUCAUAUCACGCAUAAACAAAAAUGAAACAUACAUUCGUGUUUUUCAAUUUUACCUCCUGUUUCUCACAACAGAAGAACACUCUUCCUGGAUUGUUAUCUGUUUUCGACGUCAAUCUCACAAUGUCACUUCCACAUUCGCAUUUCCAUGGAUAAACCUUAUGUUCACGCCUCUGAGUUUUUUUUCGAUUGGAUUGUCCAGUCGACGUUGACGACCUUCUUCCACCUUCAGAUGAGUAACUCCCUUUCAUCCUGUGAAAAACUAUAAUAUUUAACAGACAAAAAAUUUCACCGAUUCCUACAACUCAUCGUCA